AUGGAGCUAUUGAAAAAUGUGAAGGUUGUCGAGAGAGCGAAUACUGCUUUGCCAGGAUCUCCUCAGACUCAAAGUAUUGCUAAAAUAACGAUAGAAAGCAUCAAUUUGAAAGUGCCACAUCUCACACCCAACGAUGACAUAAAGUUGCAGUUGUUGACACGUAUCAAAGCAGAUGAGUCUAUGAUGAUACCGUUUCGCCGAUGGGAAUUGCACGAGCUACCAGCACUCACACAAGGAUCUACCAUAGAAAUCUGGUCCGUCAAGACAUGUUCUGCAUUGGACAGUCCAAGAUAUGUUAUAGUAUUUUUCCAAACGAAAAAAGCCGAUAAUUUGCAUGAAGACGUCACCUUGUUCGAUAAUGCCAACAUCAAAUCCAUACGAUUGGCUCUGAAUAGCGACUAUUAUCCGCAAGAACGAAUGCUGUUGGACUUUUCCCGAGACCAAUAUGCUGACGCCCACUUCAACUAUACAGAGUUCAACAAGAGCUACCAUAACUGUCAAGAAAAGCGCUCUCUAGUAAACUUUGCCGAAUUCAAAUCCCGACCAAUGUUUGUUAUCGAUUGCUCGAGGCGCCAUCUGGGUCUAAAGUCGUCCACAGUUGACAUAAAAAAGGCAAAAGGUGUGCGAUCGAUAAGCGAAAAACAAAGCGUCUCUCGACGAGCCGAUACAGAUGCCAAAGCGACGCCAGCGUCGAACAGAGACGCCGAUAUCGCACCAGCGGCAUGUUAA